AUGUCGGCUCACAAAACGCCCAAUACAAAGGUCGAAAUGCUGGACCUCACCACUGAAAACAUCACAGAGAAUGUUCAAAUCGUGAAUUCUAGCUGUUCCGAUAGACGCGUUAGGUAUCUGUUUGAAAGACUUGUUGUUCAUCUCCAUGAUUUAGUACGGGAAACGAGACUCAGUACGGAAGAGUGGAUGGCUGCAAUAGAGUUCCUCACUAAAGUUGGUCAAAAAUGUACUGAUACACGUCAGGAAUUCAUUUUACUUUCGGAUGUCCUCGGAGUUUCAUUGCUUGUUGAUGCGAUUGACCACCCCAAGCCAAAAGGCUCGACAGAAGGGACAGUAUUAGGACCAUUCCACACUCACGAAGCGGAGUAUGUUACCAAUGGUGCCAACAUCUCGACUGAUCCUCAGGGAAACCCACUUCUCGUCAUCUGCCAAGUUCGCAACUUGGCAGGGCAGCCAAUCGAGAAUGCCAGAAUUGAUGUUUGGGAGACUGACUCCAAGGGAUUUUAUGAUGUUCAAUACGCAGAUCAUGACGGUCCUAACGGACGAGCUGUUCUUACGAGCGACAAGGACGGGAAUUUCUGGUUCAAAGGCAUUGUCCCAGUCCCAUAUCCAAUUCCAAGUGAUGGACCGGUUGGAAAACUUCUUGGAACCCUCAAUCGACAUUGUUACCGGCCAAGUCACAUGCACUUUAUGUUUGACCAUCCGAUUUAUGAUCCUCUCGUCACUGCUUUAUACUUAAAAAAUGAUCCAUAUGAAACAUCAGAUGCAGUUUUUGGUGUUAAGAGGACGCUUGUGGUGGAGUUGAAGACAGUACAGGACAAAGAAACGGCUGAACAGUAUGGUGUCGAUGUCGGGUGUGCAUUGUUGAAAUAUGAAUUUGUUCUUGUUACAAAGCAGGAGGCAAUUGAUUUGCGAUACCAAAACGCAGAGGCAGCGAUGAAGGCUCAGGGGAAGCAAAUGCAGUACAUAAACGGUCUGCCUGUACCGGAUAUAGAUUAA